AUGGAGUCCAGUAGGGAACAUUUCCAACAGGUUCCCCGUGAACUGCCCGCCAUGUUCCGCCCUCCCGUCAACCGUGCGAUGAAGACCCUCGACCGGUCGUUCUUCCGCAAAACCGUGCCAAUCGCUGCCGCGAAGAUCUUCGAGAAGUCGCAAAUUUCAAACGUCCGCCAGGCGCUUGGCAAGAAUAAGGAUCUACUGGUUCUACCGCGACUCAACGUUGUGCGCGAUUUCAAGGAGCAGGAUGGGGCAACCCGCAAGGGCCUUUUGCUGCGCGAGGAUGUUAAAGCUGAUGACAAGACGACUUGGUCGCCGGUGAUCAACGAGCUCGUGGAGAAGGGCGCGGUGGAUGUGUCCCCGUAUGAUCUGGAACUCGAUUACGAUUACUGGAGCUACGCCGAAAUCGCGAGCGCCGUCCUCCCAGAAGAAAUGGAAGAGGUCCCCCAGGGAUUCACACAAGUGGGGCAUGUCUUGCAUUUGAACCUCCGAGAGCAUUGGCUUCCAUAUAGAUAUAUCAUCGCCGAGAUCCUGAAGGACAAAAACCCCUCCAUCCGCACCGUGAUCAACAAGACCGAAGAUGUUGGCUCGCACAGCCAAUUCCGCACAUUCCCAUUCGAGCUGCUUGCCGGUGAUAGCGACAUGAACGUCAUUCAACACGAGCAAGAUUGCGAGUUCCGAUUCGAUUAUUCCCGCGUGUACUGGAACAGCCGCUUGGAGACCGAGCACCGCCGGCUCGUGGAGAAGUUCGCGCCUGGCCAGAUGGUUGCCGACGUGAUGGCGGGUGUUGGACCCUUCGCGGUGCCUGCUGGGCGCAAGCGCAUCUUUGUCUGGGCCAACGACUUGAAUCCCCAUGGUUACGAGGUGAUGCAGGAUGCGACUAAGCGCAACAAGGUUCAAGACUUUGUUACUCCAUUCAAUCAAGAUGGACGCGAGUUCAUCCGCUUCGCAGCCAAGUCCCUCCUCGAAGCUGAUCCCGUGACUGUCACCAUCCAGCCCAAGGGAGGACGCAGGGAUAAGAAGAGCCAGACGAACGAUGGCAAAGCUGUUGAACAGCCUCCGGCGCAGAAAUAUGUGCGCCCGCAGUUUGUUGACCACUAUGUUAUGAACCUGCCUGCCACCGCCAUCGAGUUCGUGGAUGCCUUCCAGGGCCUCUAUACUGGCAAGGAGGAGCUUUUCACACCUCAUACUUCUCAAAAACUUCCAAUGGUUCACGUUUACUGCUUCUCGGGUAAUUCCGAUAAUGAGGUGGAUGACCACAAGGAUAUCUGCGAGCGGAUAUCAGAGCGCAUUGGAUUUACCAUCACCCCCGAGGACCGCGUUGGAGGCACUGGGAACCCUGCCAUUGAACUGGAUAUCUUCAAUGUCCGCCUUGUCAGUCCCAAGAAGCAGAUGUUCUGCGCGAGCUUCCGUAUCCCACCGGAGGUCGCAUUCCGCAAGGUUUAG